ACUUGUAUACUUAAUAACCGUAUUAUAUAUAUUAAAAAUGGAAAAUUACUAAUUCCUAUAUUUUUAUUUUUGGGAAGUGUGGGUAUAAAAGGGUUUGAUAAGCUUGUGAAAAGUUAAAAAAAAAAAAACUCGAAAGGUAUACCUUUGGUCUGAGAAUAUCAAUUAAUUAAUGGCGACUACAUGCAAGCACUGGGUUGUUCACCGUAAAAUCUGUUGUCGAUGCAAAGCUCGAGUGAAAACGAACGACUUGGCGAGGAUGGCGAAGAGAUCAUCACCUUCUCGUGAUCCUGAUUGUCCUCAUCGAAUGUAUUGCCAGGGUCGAUGUUGUCGCUGCGGAUAUAUCCUUGAUAUUUUUGAGUACGCCCCAUCUUUCAGUUACAUGAGUAGGUAUUUAAAGUUGAGCCCCGAGUUCGUGGCUUCUACUAAGCAACGCAAGUUAAGGAUCGGGUUGGGACAAAAGAAGCUUCACCUGGUUCUUGGCUUAGAACACAUCCUCAUCCACGCCAUCAAACUCUCCAAGAUUUCUCAUGAUGAUUCAAGAUUAUUAUUAACAAGAGAUGACAUAUUUCGUCUUCCUAACGACAACUUACUGGUCAAGUUGCGACCCUUUGUCCGUGACUUCUUGUCGGAAGCAAAAGAGUUUUUCACCAUGCACGUUUGCACAAACUAUGGCCCUGACCAUGCCAAGAAAGUGGUCAAUUUGCUUGAUCCGCAUAUGGUCUACUUUGGGAAUCGAAUCAUUACAAGUAGAGACAGCGAUGGUUUGAAGUCACUGGAGCUUGUUUUGGCAGAACCACGUGGGGUGAUUGUCGUUGACUAUGAUCCUAGACUGUGGAGGAUGCGAGACUCACCUAACCUGGUCGUUAUAUCUCCCAAGUACGAGUAUUUCAAAGCAAGCAAGGUCGUCGUCCACGGGGUCCUAGCAAAAGCUCUUAAUUUCUUCAAGAAUAAUAAAGUUUUCGAGUUGGAUGGAAAGAGAGACAAGUGUUCUGGUGAUGGUGAAUUUAUGGCUGACUUAUUGACAGACCUUAAGGCCGUUCAUGAAUUCUUCUUUAAUGGAGGAUAUCACGAUGUAACUCAUGUCCUGCCCCGUUUCUUUGAAAGCAAGACAUAUUUUUUAUAAUAAUGACAUUAGUAUUUUUUUUCUUCUACUGAUUUAUGUAUUUUGAUUGGUUGGUUGAGACUUUUUUUUUUUUUUUUUUAUGUUGAUGUUUAUUAUGGA